GCGAGACAUCAGCCGAUGAGGGAAAGUCUGAGUGCGAGUUUUAUCAGCAAUGUGGUGUUGUUGGGAGCGCUGUCGAACUCGUAGCCGGUCCUGAAUAACCUUAUUUACACAAAGAAUCACAUGCCGCGCUACGAUGUCAAGGUCAGAUUUGUAGCCGUGGGACAGUAAUUGGCUCCUAUAACAUAUGACAGGUGUCUGGAACGAAAAUUUCCACUACGUACUAGAGGGUCAAACACAGCAGUGUGUAACACAAUAGCACAGUGUCAUCAGUCAAGCGGAACGUAGAUUUUAAGUGGCUAGUGAAGAAAGGGGAGGAGCUACGUGAUAUGCGUCUAGGUGUAAGCUCGACCGUGAUUCAGUUUUACAAACAGUUAGCGAAGAACACGGUGUACAUGGUGUAGGAGAUUGUAGCGAUGUGAUCAUGAUUAUACGGGAUGUGUAUAUAAACAUUUCGGUCUGGAAUGCUUUCGCUCGCUGGCACAAGAUUUUUUCCUGCCCUUCGCUGUAUCCAUCUGCUGACGACAUUCCCGAGAAACCAGACCGUAUCUGAUCAGGAGACGCACUGAAUGCACCAGCAUGCCUAUCAUUUUCGGAGUGGAGGUCGGGAAUGACGAAGAAGUCGACUGCGAUUGGGACGGACAGCUGAUUGAUAACACCACAGGAAAGAAGGUCUUCGAUCUUGGUCACCAGUAUGUUCCCCCUGAACAGCUCUUCCCGAGUUUCAAAGAUGGACCGUGUCUUUUGAGUUGCGCCAACUGUGCAACUGUAAUGAGAGUAGAGGAACUCGUUCAAGUGAAAAGGGAGUUUUAUCCUCGAUUGGACGUUCAUGAUGUUUUCAGUAAUAUGGAAAACGAAUAUCGCUCAGAAAUCGUACCCUUCUGCUACACGUGUACUCAAAGAUUGGCUGUCAUGUUUGAAACGGCUUGUCCACCUCUUCCGUCGACAGAGGCAGAAGUGAACGGCGAUCCUAUGAGUAGCAUGUCACAAGCGAAUAAUUGGACAGCUGUCGAUGUGAAGGAGGAAGAAAAUGAAAUGGUGAACAAUGCUGAAGGUGUACAGAUGAAGUCACAUCAAGAUUUCGCGUUGACUGAAAAGAUCCCUAAUUUGAAUGAUGGACUAAUUGAUUCUGGUGUAGAAAUGGAAGACAGCGAUACUUGUGGGGAGCAAAUGGAAGACAGCGAUACUUGUGGGGAGCAAAUGGAAGACAGCGAUACUUGUGGGGAGCAAAUGGAAGACAGCGAUACUUCUGGGGAGCAAAUGGAAGACAGCGAUACUUCUGGGGAGCAAAUGGAAGACGAGGAUACGGAAAAAAGCGAUACUUCUUGCCGGGAAGUGGAAAACAAGAAGACGGCAGAUUCGGAUGUCGAGUCAUCGGUUGAAACGUACACAUGCAAUAUAUGUGAUUCUGAAUUUCAAACAGCUGUUGAAUUCGGGAAACAUACACGUACGCAUGAAAGAAUCAGCGCGACGAUCUGCCCAGUCUGCAGUAUCCAGUUAUCCAAUGAUAAGUUCUAUGAACAUUUAGAAAUGCACGGAAGAAAAAUAGAACGACUUCUCAAAGAUAUGAAGAAAAUAAACCGAAAGGAAUCUGUAAAGAAAUUGAAAUUGAAGAAGUGCUCGGAGUGCUCAUGGGCCUUUCACAGCCGAUCGGAAUUGAAAAAGCAUAAGCGAGAAACGCAUUUCAAGUGUGUGUUUUGUAACAAGUACUUCAAAGAUGAAAAGCGAUGUAAAAAACACGUCCUAAAGGGAAAGUGUGACAAAUACAGACCGAGAAGGAGGAAGCCAUCCCCCGUUACUUCUCAAAACGAGUUCAUGUGCACGACAUGUCAGAAAAGUCUUCCUUCGCAGGAAGAUCUAUCAAGUCAUCUCAAAAUGCAUCUAAAAUUUAAGAAAUGCAAGAUUUGUUUUUCAAAAGUUCGAAGUGGAGCACAUUUCCAAAGCCAUAUGCGUCAACAUGAGAUCGCGGCAAAAGAAAAUCCAGUUGGUUCUUCCAUGACUACCGCGCCACAAGAAUUUGUGGACGAAACCGUCAGUUCGGGAAACACUGCUGAAAGAAACACAAGUUUACCUGCAACGUCCGAACAGCAAGUACAGGAAGAUAACAUUGACAUGCCCGCAACGCGAACUACGUGGCGCCAGCUGUCGUUACAAUUGAAAAACAAGGAUUCGCCCGUUAAAGAAAAUGGCACUAACGACAUUAGCAGAAACGAUGCGCCAAUUAGCAACGUCUGUGACAAGAGCAAGACAGCACAUCUUACGAACACGACCGUCGGUAGCAUUAUCCCCAUCAGAAGCAACUCUUUGGUCAGAAACUCUUCUUGCGACAGUUUCACUAACAUUAGACAGCGAUCUGUUCACACAAACACGCAACAUACAAAGAUGGAAAACGCCACUGAAAGGAUCGGUAAAAAAUGCAAGAAAGCAUCGUCAUCUGAAAAGGAGAACAGGAAUCAGUUGUCUGAACCACAGGAGCAAUUUGUAUUGGAAAAGAAAUUUUCUUUGAAAAACAAUACGAAAAGGAUUUAUUUCAAGAGAUCCCCAGAAAUAUUGGCACAGCUGGCGAAUAAACAACUGAAACAUACAGAAAUACACGUCAAAGAAAGAGUGCAAUCUUGUACUCCUUAGACGAAGAUGCCUGCAAGACUCUUGUAGGCCUGGAUAUAGAAGCAAUGCUUCCCAAUACCACGAAUUUAUUAGCAUAUAUGCUCCAUUAUAUAAGAGAGCAUCGAUUGUUGCAGCUCCCCGGUGAAAUGGCGGUUAUCUAAUUGUAAUAAUGCAAGUAUGUUCUUGUGAUGAUGAAGUCACGUAUAAACGGGAACACGAGGAGCUGCAACAACUAUAAGCCGAAGUGGCUCAACAGCACAUGAUAGUGUAACGGCACUUUUGCAUCGAUUUGGAGCGAGUGUUAUCCUGUAUAAAGGGUAUACAAGUAUGUAAAUGAGAUUGCGGCUUGCUAAGAAGAUGAUGCAAGUGCAAAUCUGGCGUCAAGGAUACCUUGCGUUUUGUGAAGAAGCAGACUUCAUCGAUGUACGUAAUCUAAUAAGGAUGAUUACGGUACAUUAUGCCUUAUGUUGACAAUACUACAUCCGUUUGUCGGAAAAGGCGUGUUUAUUGAUACGGAGACAAUGCAAGAAUAUCAUUAUUGAACCAGAUACCAAAAUGUGAUGCUGCUCUAGCAUGUAAUUGCGUACCGGAAGUGUUAAACCAGUACGCACGCUAUCACGCAGCAGGAAGUUUAUAACGUUAGAGCUAUACCUGUCACUGAUUGUCGGUACGUGACGUUUUUUGCUUGGUUUGGCUAUCGGAUACUUUCAUGUAUGAACGAUUAUCUUUUAAAUACUUUAUUCAUCAGUAGUGGUAUACGCUUAGAGAAUGUCGGAGUGGAAACAUUACUCCUAUAAUUAACUGCCGUAUGUGGAAUAUACCUCUACAUCGACUAGCCAAUAACCUAUUCUGGAUGUACAACAAACAGGACAAUACCAAACGCUCGGAUAUACACGGAACGAACCAAUACCAUGUAUGGACUACUACUCGCCUUUAUAUAGUGGUUCCUGCUUUUGUAAAUAUACUUCUUAAUUUUUGUUCUUGAAUGUCUGCCUUAAAUAUAGCUAUCUAAUAAAUUGAUUUUAAAUGUCUUUUUUGUGCUAAUUAGAUUAACAUUAUAUCUUUUAUAGCCACUAUUGCAAUUGCUAUAUUUUGACACUUCUACAUUAUUGAAGUAGAUGAAAGAUUGGUGGAGGUUUCUUGUAUCAAACUUUCUCAUUGCGGAGGGAAAAUCAAUUUUCAAUUUACCUUAGUUAUCUAAAAUUUCCAUUUUAAUUGCGAGAAUAAUUGUUUAAUACGUUUUGACUGCAUCAGAGGAUAAUUUAGAACGAUUACAUUGUACAACGUAAAUUGCAAAUGUACACGAAAUCUAAAAAGUCAGUCACGUGGCAGAAAAAAAAGGCUCGAUUUUUACUUUCGUUUUGAGUAAGGUUUGCAUUGUAUUGCUUGUAAAUCACUUAGAAUGGUAUCCAAUAAAAGUGCUCUAAUGGUA